AUGCUCCGCUGGGGGGAGAGGCCAGAGGCUGCCAGGCCUCCCCGCGCGCGGCCCCUAGGGCCGGUGCCCCGCUGUCAGCGCGCCCCGCCCCCGGCCCCGCCCCCCGCCCGGGCCGAGCCCGAGCCCGAGCCCGGGCGGCGAGCAGGCGGCGGCGGCGGCGGCACGCGGGGGCACGGGACUCCUGGCGCGGCGGCGGGCACCGAUGGGCACCUUCUCCCCCCGGGGCCCGGCUCCGUUCGGAGGCCUCUGCCGGGUAAGGCGCGCGGGGCCAAUGUCCGCGGACGGGGGCAGCCCCAAGGCCGCCUCUCUUGUCCCACAGCGGCUGCGGGCGGGGAGGGAGGAGGCACGAGGAGGCCUCUGGGCCCGGGCACGAGACUUGGCCCUGAACGUGGCCCUUUUACCGGGAAGUGUCCGGGCGCCGGGGCGCCGGGGUCCGGCCGCCUCCGCCUGGGCCGGGGGUCCCCGCCCCCUCCGAGCACUCGGGGGGCCGCUGCUGGGACCCAGCGGGCCUGCUCCGGCCUGGCCGCAGUACCCCCGGCCGCCUCCAGGAGGCGGGCUGGACCUGAGGAAACGCCCACCCAGGGCCCCUGGGGCCGGGACUGGAGCGGGCCUACGUUCGCCCGGGCCGGAGCUCGUUGGGAGCGAGCGGACGGGCCCGGCCUGGGAGCCGAGAAUGCUCUGGAGAAAGGGGCGCGCCUGGCCCGGGGCCGCCCCCCCGCUCGCUCCGCCGCUGGAGCUGUGGCCGCGGCCGCUCGGAGGCCUGGCGCGCGGCGGAGCUGGCCCGGCCCUGGGCUCUGCCUUCCGAGGGCCGCCGCGGGGCUCCCGGCCGGGCGCCAGCUUCCGGCGGGGGCGGGGGCUUCUCCCACGUCCCCCCGGCGCGCUUGUCCCGGAGGCGCCGCCGCUGCCAAGUGCGCCUCACUCCGCAGGUCCUGGCCGGAGUGUGUCCGAGGCCCCUCCUCCCUGCCUCCGCGCCGAGGGUCCCGGCGCCCCGCGGCUGCCGCCCCGCCCCCGCCUCAGUCUGGGGCUUCCGUUGCCUUUUAA